ACGAACGAACGAACGAGCGAGCGAGCGAGUCCGUUUGGUGGGGUUGUGGGGUGGUGGUGGAAGGUGGAGUGGAGUCAGCGAGCGAGCGAGCGAGAAUAAAGAAAGAGCGAGAGGGAAAUAUAAGAAGCGAGAAGAGAGAGGGGACACGUCUGGUCCGAUUCCGUGCGUUCGAACGAGAGAGAUAACGCGAGGGAGCGCAAGUGGCGUAUCAAGAUGGCGCAUAAUUUGGCACCGAGCGUCAACUGCUCGCUCGACGACAUUGACCUGAACGCCCUGAAGGAGCCUGCUGGGAUAUUCGAGUUGAUCGAAGUCGUCGGCAAUGGAACGUACGGGCAAGUUUACAAAGGUCGACACACCAAAACGGGUCAGCUGGCGGCCAUCAAGGUCAUGGACGUCACAGAGGAUGAAGAGGAAGAAAUCAAGUUGGAAAUAAACGUACUGAAGAGGUAUUCGAAUCAUAGAAACAUAGCUACGUACUACGGUGCCUUCGUGAAGAAGUCAUCACCAGGGAAGGACGAUCAGCUAUGGCUGGUUAUGGAAUACUGCGGAGCUGGCUCCGUCACGGACCUCGUCAAAUCGACGAAAGGUCAGAGCCUUAAGGAAGAGUGGAUUGCUUAUAUUUCGAGAGAAAUAUUAAGAGGUCUCAGUUAUCUUCACAGUAAUAAAGUUAUUCACAGGGAUAUAAAAGGACAGAACGUGCUUCUGACCGACAAUGCCGAGGUCAAGCUUGUUGACUUUGGCGUUAGCGCGCAGUUGGACAGAACGAUAGGCAGAAGGAAUACGUUCAUAGGUACACCUUAUUGGAUGGCUCCAGAAGUCAUAGCUUGCGACGAGAAUCCCGACGCUACUUACGACAAUAGAAGUGAUCUUUGGUCUCUCGGAAUUACCGCUUUGGAAAUGGCUGAAUCACAACCUCCGCUUUGCGACCUCCAUCCGAUGAGAGCCUUGUUCUUGAUACCGCGUAAUCCACCGCCGAGACUGAAGUCGAAAAAAUGGGCGAAGAAGUUUCAUGGUUUUAUCGAAACUGUGUUGGUGAAGGACUAUCAUCAGAGGCCUUACACCGAACAGUUGCUCAAGCAUCCAUUUAUUCGGGACCAACCAACGGAGAGACAAGUCAGAAUACAACUCAAAGAUCAUAUCGAUCGCUGUAAGAAACGCAAACAAGAGAAAGAAAGAGACGAUUAUCGAUACAGCGGUAGUGAAAACGAAGAAGACGAGCCAGCAUUGGCUGGCGAACCAUCCUCGAUAGUUCAAGCUCCUGGUGGCGAUACAUUGAGACGUAAUUUCCAGCAAAUUCAAGAAGGUCGGACGUUGACUCAAGACGUAUCUCCUCAAGCUCCAGCCGGUAAGGAAAAACCAAAUCAAGGUAGAUCUCAGCGGGAAGUACCAGAACCAGGCCCGCCUGCGAGACCAGCCAUUCCACACAGACUCAUCGUCGUGCCAGAUCCGCAGCCGCCUUCUCGACCUCUACCACCGACACCUAGGGACGAUCCACGACAAUCUCACAAGGUCUCGACACCACCCUCCAAUCAUCAAGCGCCUUCCGCUGGCGGUGGAGGUAGCGGGGGUUCCGGUGGUCAAGCUGCGCCUCAAAGAAACAGUCACGUGUUUAAACCUAUGCUGCCGCCGAGGAGGCCAGAGGACUUGGACAUGCUGGCCGCUCAACUCAACGAGCUUGGUGUGUCACAGGGCCCCGAGGCCCCGCCUAGGCCCAACAGGCAACAUAAAGGCCCUCCAGCAACGUCAACCUCGAAUUCGGUCCAGCCAGCGAGCGCUAACGAUCAGAACAACAAACAGAUGCAGCAAUCCUCCAGUAUUCUCGAUCAAGCACUGUCGAUCGAGAGUGACAGCGACGACGAUCUCGAAGAUGCUGGUAGUAACAAUUUGAGGAACGACGGUACACUUCUCGCUAGCGAUCCGCCUAAGCCUCUUCCCGAAUUUUCUCCUUUCAGGCCAUCGUCGGAUUCGUCGUCGUCGUCCUCGCACAACGCUCAGAAUUCGCAUCACGAAGGUAAGCCAAAAGGUGGAGCACCCAAUCGACCAUUGCCACCGACGCCAGAUGAGGAAGAAUCCGGAGAUCGUACACUAGUCAUGAAACGAAAACUUAGUCAGACAUCAGACGAUCGUGCAACGGCUAGCGACAACCGCCGCUCAGAGAUAGACGAGCAGCUCCUUCUGAAGGAGUGGGACUUCACCCGCUUCUUUCAGGGUUUUAACGAAAGGUUGGAUAAAAUGAAACAGGAGCACCAGCAAGAAGCGGCGGUCGGUACGAGCAAGUCUGGCAGCGAGGAUCGUUCCUCUUCUUCCGGCGAAAGAACCCUUAAGAGGCAGGAGCAGUUAGCGCGUAGAAAAUACGAGCAACAACAACAACAGCAGCAGCAACAUCAGCAGCAGCAGCAUCACCAGCACCAUCUUCAUCAACAACAUCAGCAGCAGCAACAUCAAAAGCAACAGCAACAACAACAACAACAACAACAACAGCAGCAGCAGCAGCAGCUUAAGGCGGUUCACAGACGACAAGAGAGCGACUCGAAGCUCGGUAAUACCUCGAGCGCGUUCGCCCGUGCAUUUCGCCGCGAAAAUUCGGAUUUCUUUCCGUCAACGAGGCACUCCGCUUAUCUCCAAAAGUCGGAUUCCUCGAGGUCGAGCAUAUUCGCGAGUGGUAAUCGACGCGGCAGCGAGAUAAGCGUCGCAGGUAUAGUCGGUAAGAAGGGUAACGCCCUUAGUACCGGCGAGCCCGUCCUUACGGACUUCUCGUUUGGACGCGACGGGCCCCAGAGGCCAAGGAGAGAAAAGACAGAGAGCGAGAUCGUCUUCGGUAACAGGCACGAGGCGAGGAGACUCGACUUCGGACGCAAUAAAGACGAUACCACAAGGAGACGCAGUUGUAGACCUUCCGAUGCGGCCCUGGCCGCGCCAGAUGACGCGGGAACGAUUAAAUCCACGGCCAGUACAACGGCUAGCGAGUACAGCCCUGUUGUCACCCAGAAUCGAGAAGGUGGUGACCGACCAAGAGGAGGAGGAGGUGGUGGCGGUGAAUUUCAAAGAUCAGACUCGUCACCUGGUUCAAGGCCAAGCUCGGUUUUACCGGACCUUUUGACUUCGUCGCCGGGUCAACGUCAGGACAAGUCGACAAGCGAGGAGUAUCGACAAGCGGUUAAAUCACCACCCCCGUUUGCACUUCAACAGAAACAGAGAUCAUUCCUGACAUUUGGAUUCGGUGCUGGACCAGCGAGGAGAGAAUCCCACGUAAACGUCAACGUGACACCUACGAGUCACGAUUUGGCCUCCGAUACACCCGAAAUACGAAAAUACAAAAAGCGUUUCAAUAGCGAGAUUUUAUGUGCAGCGUUAUGGGGCGUGAACCUGCUGAUCGGCACGGAGAACGGAUUGAUGCUGCUCGAUAGGAGCGGACAAGGGAAGGUUUAUCAGCUGAUCAGUAGGAGACGUUUUCAACAAAUGGAAGUGCUCGAGGGGCAGAAUAUUUUGGUUACCAUAAGCGGUAAGAAGAAUCGCGUGAGGGUCUAUUAUCUCUCCUGGCUGAAGAGUAAGAUUUUACGUACCGACGGCCAUAGCGAUCAAGUCGAGCGGCGCAAUGGCUGGAUAAACGUCGGCGAUCUUCAAGGAGCGGUGCAUUUCAAGAUAGUCAAAUACGAAAGAAUAAAGUUCCUUGUCAUCGCGUUGAAGGACUCGAUAGAGAUCUAUGCUUGGGCGCCGAAGCCCUAUCAUAAAUUCAUGGCUUUCAAAUCGUUCGGAGAACUGGCCCACAGGCCGCUCCUCGUCGACCUAACCGUCGAGGAAGGAACGAGAUUGAAAGUUAUUUAUGGAAGCGCCGAUGGAUUUCACGCCGUCGAUUUGGAUUCGGCGACGGUUUACGAUAUCUAUCUACCGAAGCACACUCAGGGACCGAUUUGCCCGCACUGCAUCGUCGCCUUGCCGAACAGCAACGGCAUGCAACUUUUAUUGUGCUACGACAACGAGGGCGUUUACGUGAAUACCUACGGUAGAGUAUCCAAGACGAUGGUCCUUCAAUGGGGCGAAAUGCCUACGAGCGUCGCUUACAUCGGCACGGGCCAAAUCAUGGGAUGGGGCAACAAGGCGAUCGAGAUCAGAAGCGUCGAAAGCGGCCAUCUCGACGGCGUUUUUAUGCACAAGAAAGCUCAGCGGCUCAAGUUCCUUUGUGAACGUAACGAUAAGGUCUUCUUCUCGUCGGCGAAGGGUGGAAGUUCGUGCCAGAUUUACUUCAUGACGUUAAACAAACCCGGCAUGGCUAACUGGUGAUCCCGAAUGAGGCCGAGUCUGGCCCCACGAACACCCCCGCGGAUUUUGACACACAAUCCACCGCGUGUGUCCGGUUAUACGCCAUCGGCGCGCACCCUCUACCGCCCUUCACUGCCAGGCCUGAGCGCCAUGGAAACGAGGAUAUGCGCGCACCAAUACCGACAUCAUCAUCAUCAUCACCAUCAUCAUCAUCAUCAUCAUCAUCGUCGGCAGAAUCAUCAUCAUGAUCAGCACCAUCAUCAUAAUAAUAAUAAUAAUAUUAGUCAGCGUCAAAGUCGACAUCGUAGUCAACGUCAACGUCACUAUCAACGUCAUCUCUCGACGCGUAUCUACGACGAUUACGAGGAAGAGGAAGAGGAGGAGGAGGAACAAGGGUUAGAGGGAGGAACUUACGACGGAAGAUACCGACCAUAUCCUCGGCUCUCGUUACGAAGCACCUCGGGGACUUUAACUUUUGUGAAUCUUCUCGUCAAAAGGUUCCUGUGCUUUCUCGUUUGCCCGCCCUGCGGACCGCGCGGUACACCUUAACGCGAUCGAUCGAUCCUCCCCCGAGAUGGUCUUUCUUCUCCCCCACCCCCACCCACCCCUACCCAUGAUUUUCCAUUCCGACGAAGAUUACAUGGGAAAAGAGGCGAAUGAAAAAAAGAAAAAAGAAAAAAAGGAAAAAAAAAGGAUACAGAAAAAAGGAGAGAAAAAAAAAUAAUAAAUGAACGAGGGCGCCUGCGUGGACUUUGUACUUCGUUGCUCGCUGAUAAAUCGCCGUCGAAUCGUCGUCGUCGUCCCUUCGUCGUCCCUUCGUCGUCCCUUCUUUUUUCCUCGUCGUUCGUCGAGAACGUUAAUAAUUCUCCUUUGGAAAAUCGAUGCGAGCGUUCGUUACACUCGAUAGAGCAACACGAUCGAUGGGUACUCGCGAGCGAUAUUUAGAUAGAUCGUUAUUGCGAAAACGGGACGAACACUUUUCUUUCGGUAAACGCGCGCGAACGCUCGCCAAAAUGAACAUGCGAAUGAAAUCGUGCGACGAUCGUGAACGCGAGUUAUCAGUCAAGCGACGAUCAAUCGCUUAAAUCGUAAAGUUGUUUUUAAGCGCUAAGAACUCUUAACGACGUGAGUGUUUUUGAUCUUGUACGAGUAAGAAGACGUUGGUCUUUCCUCCCCUCCCUUCUCAAUAUGUUUUUACUAACAGUGGCAAAUUUUUCUAUCGAGCACGGAGCUAAGUGACGUUUCGCGUUUAUACGGUCGAAGGCAGUCGUUCGGCAGAUAUACGGACGCGUGGAAACGCGAUCUAUAAUGCGUCUACGGAUUACGA